CAGACGCUACGACUGGAAGUUACGGGGGUCUCGCUGUUUGGGCUCAAUGUUGUUUGGGUUCGUGUUAUGGUUCUGCUGGUCUAUAACUACUUUUGUUUUACCAGAUUGGAUUACGGUUAGACUUUGGAGAAGUACUAUAAAUACUUCUCAUACUCCUCUGUAAUCUAUAUCUCUUUUUCAGGGUGAAAGUCACAAGUCAAGUCUACGCUGUCAGAUGAAAGCAGUGCACUGAACGCCGUAAAUUAGGUGACAUCCUCUGAAACUUCAUUGCGGCUAUGGCAGGAAGACUAACAACACUAUUGAUAUGAUCAAAGUAAUGCAGCCAGCAAUUCAAUCGAGAUAUUGUUUUUGGAAAACAUAGUUUCAAACCAAAAACUGGGACUAGGUUUGGGAUGGUAGAUUGAAUGUGCAACUUCAACACAAAAUUGAGAAGAGGCUCGAUCAAUAGAAAGGGUAGAAGCUCGACCACAAUCAAAAUGGAUGCUUGAUUGAUACAGAGACAAACUCAGGCAAUUGGAAUCCACCAAUUACUACGAGCAAUUCACGAGCCAAAACUCAAUGAACAAAAGGGUAGAAGUUGAUUGAUAAAACAUGUAUCUUACAACUCGGCUUCAAGGCCUUUAAAUAGACUUCGAACAUGAUUUCUACUACUAAACUAACAAAGGAAAACAAAGUUAACUAAAACACUAAAAUCCCAAGCACAACAGGUAAGGAAAUCGACACCCAAACUGUUUCUUCCAAAAUAAGCAAACUGACUUCCAGCGCAAGUAACCAAAACAGUCUUCAUCCCAACUUCGAGCCUCUCGUAUGAUGUUCUCCAAGCUCAGUUGACCUCAACCAAUUCCUUCAUGAUUUUUAACUAGUUUUGGGCUUUCACAUCCAUCUCCCAACUGAAAUCGAAUGUCCCUCAAUAUGAACGAAUAACUCCUCUCCCUUUCUGCUACUGCUACCAGAAAAGUCGUGGUUGAGGCGGGGUGGUAGACGGCGGAGAGUAGGGCUGGAAGUUUGGUACCGGUAUUUGGGAUAUACCGAAUACCGUACCGAAUUUGUCUAUAUUUGGUAUCACCGAAUACACGUAUUAUUACUUGGGAUUGAGAUUGGGAUUGAAUUUCAAUUGUUAUUCGGUAUUAAGGAUUACGGGAUUGGGAUUGAUAUAUACCGAAAUACCGAUCAAUACCGAAAUAUAAGCUAGUGUGUAUUUUAUCCUCUCAACUACACUCUCUCAUUCACUACUACACGACCCUCAACCACCAAGAGUGUAAUCAUUUCAUAACUAUUAAUAGUCGGUAUUACUUUUUUUUAAACUUAAUUAUCAAUAUUUUAGUAGGAUAAUAACAUUGUGGGUGUUAUCGGUUAUCACGUUAUCUCCUCGUCGUCACUCUCCAAAUUACCAACCGUAGAAAGAGACAUCACAUGAAGAGAAUUGCAAUACGUAAAUACAAAAAGGCACGAACAUGAAUCCAAAUACUGAAAUUGGGGCAUGUCUUGGGACAUUCUUAAAUAACGUACAAUGAGUUCAAUUGCCAUCUCCGUUCUCCUCACACAAUUAAUUUGUCUGCGUCCUACUGUCACUGACCGAUUUUGGCUCUAUUAUUAUGCAUAAAAAUACAAUAUUUAACAACCGCAACGUUUUAGUACCCACUGAAUUAUUUAAUUAUUUUUGCCCCCCUGCGGCUGCAGCCUUCCUCCUCACUUAUCCAACCUUCUCCUUUCAGCCCUACAAACAACUUCAUUUUCCCCAAUAGCAGUACUAAAUUGGUGAGUCACCGGCCGGACGACCAAAGAAAUUGCACGAUCAUGUUGACGGUAAAGACAUCGCCUGUAUUUUCUGUGACGAUACAACACGUGGGCGACGCCGCCGUCGGCAGCAGCAGGAUCAAUAACACCGAUCAGAUGAUGACAAUUCCUGCUCGCCGGCUGCAACUCCUUCCGUCGUCCAGCGCACAACUACUUCUCCAUCGGCAUGCACGUACCUCGUCAAACAAGGGCAAGAACGUGGUUGCUUACAGUAACGGUGAAUCAGGAGGAGGAGCUGCUGUUCCUUCCCCCACUCCUUCAGGUUCAUCCGGUGGUUUUGACUGGAAAGGGUGGCUUGUUGGGGUGAUAAUGAGCGUCCUGCUGCCCUUCUGGCGUGGCCAAUUAUGGUCACUCAAAAAGAUACAAGUUAAUGUGGAAUCUGUGCUGGAGAGGAUGGAAGAGGUGGCGGAGACGGUGGAGGAGGUGGCGGAGAAAGUGGAGGAAGUGGCGGACGAGAUCGGAGACAACCUGCCGGAAGGGGAGUUGAAGGAGAUGCUGGAAAAAGUGGAGGAGGCUGCCGGGAAAGCUGCAAAGGCCGCCGACAUAGCUCAACAAGUCCUUGAAACGGUACAAGAAAUGGAGGAUCAAGUGGAAUCUUACAUCGAUAAAGCUGCUGCCAAGAAUAGACAAAAGAAGGUUAAUUAAGCUGCGAUAAACUCCCAAUGUGUACAGUUAUCACAAUAUUCAUCGGCCCAUGAUCAAAAUGAUAGGCGAAAGGUUUUCGGUUUUUCCUGUCGAGCACUACUAUUAUGCUAGAUAGUAUUGGUGCUUUAAUGUACAAUUUGAAGUUGUAUCAUAACAUUAAAUGUAUAAGUUUAGGUUGUACAAUAAAGGAAUUUGUAUCAUUAUGUUAUGGUACAACUUUACAACUUGAAGUUGUACCAUCACAUCAAUGUACAAGUUUAAGUUGUACCAUAAAAGAAUUUGUACAAAAAGUAUAGGUACAAUCUGAAGUUGUACCAUAACGUUAAAGGUACAAUUUCAAGUUGUACCAUAAAGACAAAAACCUAUAGCACCAAUACUAUAUAGCAUUGUAAAAUUCCUCUUUCCUGUGAGGUGUAGCUUAGCGUAAUAAUGAAAGAUGGUAUAUCGUACGAUAUUUUUAUAUUUAAUAAGUGCAACUGCAAUCAAUGUUAAAGGUUACCCAUAAUUAAAAAGGGGAAAAAAUUUAUGCAAUUUGAGAUUUUUUUCUCCAUCGGAUAUUUUAAUAAAUAUUGUGAAUGUAAAUAGCUUUGAUAGCUAGCUAAAGUCUAAAGAGGUCUUUAAUCUCAUAUUGAUGACAAGAAGUGAAGAUGUUUUUAUAAAUAUUUUUCUCUCUCUUAAAGGUGUAAUAUAUGUCGUGGUUCAUUUUUGUGGAACGAGAAGAACAUAAGCUAACUCCAAACUAUACAAGCAUGUGCUAUCAGUUUGAUGGAGCGAGUUGGUCGAGUUCGAGACUAGUUUUAUUUUAAUAUAAUUUAAUCUAAUAAAUUAUCUUGAAUGAAAAGGAUAUAAUUAUUAUCGUAUCAAGUGUGUUUUCUUAAUAGCACUAAUUAAUGAAACAAAAUAUGCUCUGCCUUUGCCCUGAUAAAAAAAAGAGCUACAUAAGCAAAUACGAAAUUCAGAAAAAAUAAAUUUAGAGUUGACCACAAUUAAAUAAGUUGACCACAAUUGAUGAAGGGAAAGAGGCACAGGAGUACGCUGGUUUUUAAUAAAAAUUGGAGAAAGAGAGAAUAGAGAGUCACAUGUACAAUUAAAUGGGGAAAGAAAAAUCUACCUCCACAAAAUCCACCUCACAAACCACAAAAUCCUCUUGACUAGUAGUUGUCCUCACAAAAGGAGGACCGGAAAGCAUUUGCCCUUAUAAAAAGGAAGAGCUACCUAAGUACAUACGAAAUUAAGCAAAAAUAAAUAUAGAUUGUAAAGUGUUUUUCAUUGAUCUCCCUUUUUUCGUACCGGCAAGGAGAAUUGAGAAUGAAUACUUUAUCUUUGACGCAACAAGUUGAUAGUUUGUUGUGCAAUUAUGAUGCAGUGCCAUGAACGUUUUAAAAAAAAGCGAUCUAAUCCACAACUCAAUUAUGUUGGUAACCCUAGUUUUGUUGUUUAGUUUUCAAUAAUUUUAAUUAAGAUGUUGACUGUUGUUAUGGCUACUGAAAAUAAUAUGGUGCGAGUUUAUCAAAAUCUGGAGAUACAGAGAACCCUUCAUUCGUAGGGGUGGGGAACGGGAGGGGAUGGGAUACGCGUCCUGUUUGAAACGGGUACCCGGUCCCAUUUGGAGAGCAAUCUUCAUCCCAUGUCCCAAACUCAUACGGGUUAACGGGUACCCAUCACCCGUACGAGACGAUAACGGUUACCAAUACUACCGUACAAUUGACCACAAUUGGGAGUGGCAUAGUUGACUGCGGGUAAAAUAAAUUGUGCAAUCCUUA